AGAUGGAUUCGCCUGUGAACCUAACCUACUUUUCCCUCUCCACCCCCGCCCCUUUGGAGACCAACCGCAGCGGCCUCGGCGGGGAAGACUCGAGCCCCAGCCCCCUCCUCUCCGUCUUCGGUGUGCUUAUCCUGACCUUGCUGGGCUUUCUGGUGGCCGCCACGUUCUCCUGGAACCUGCUGGUGUUGGCGACCAUUCUCCGUGUGCGCACCUUCCACCGGGUUCCGCACAACUUAGUGGCGUCCAUGGCCAUCUCGGAUGUGCUGGUGGCCGCUCUGGUCAUGCCCCUGAGCCUGGUGCACGAGCUGUCCGGGCGCCGCUGGCAGCUGGGCCGGCGGCUGUGCCAGCUGUGGAUCGCGUGCGACGUGCUCUGCUGCACGGCCAGCAUCUGGAACGUGACGGCCAUCGCGCUGGACCGCUACUGGUCCAUCACCCGCCACCUGCAGUACACACUGCGCACCCGCAAGCGCGUCUCCAACGUUAUGAUAGUGCUCACCUGGGCGCUCUCCGCCGUGAUCUCCCUGGCCCCGCUGCUCUUCGGCUGGGGGGAGACCUACUCCAAGGACAACGAGGAGUGCCAGGUGAGCCGCGAGCCGUCCUACACCGUGUUCUCCACCGUGGGCGCCUUCUACCUGCCCCUCUGCGUCGUGCUCUUCGUGUACUGGAAGAUCUACAAGGCGGCCAGGUUCCGCGUGGGCUCCAGGACCAACAGUGUCUCACCCAUAUCGGAGGCUGUGGAGGCGAAGACCUCUGCUCAGCAGCCUCAGAUGGUGUUCACAGUCCGCCACACCACCGUCACCUUCCAGACAGAAGGGGACACGUGGAGGGAGCAGAAAGAGCAGAAGGCCGCCCUGAUGGUGGGCAUCCUCAUUGGGGUGUUUGCGCUCUGCUGGAUCCCUUUCUUCACCACGGAGCUCAUCAGCCCCCUGUGUUCCUGCGACAUCCCCACCAUCUGGAAGAGCAUCUUCCUUUGGCUUGGCUACUCCAACUCCUUCUUUAACCCCCUGAUCUAUACAGCUUUCAACAAGAACUACAACAGUGCCUUCAAGAACUUCUUUUCUAAGCAACACUGAGCACGAGGGCUGGAGAUAGGAAGGAGCUGUCCUGUAACUCAAUCAAAUUUCCAAUUCUACCUACUUCCCCAUAAAUACCCAGCACCACACGGAAGAGGCAAGUCCUCGGAGUUCUCCGGGGUCGUCUUCAGAACGAGCCCUCCCUUCCACGCUCCAAGGCAGGAAUGUGGGUCUUCCCAGACAGUUUUGGUGACCUUAUUAAUCUAACUUGCCUGUUCUUGCUCCCCCUGCACCUACCAGCCACGGACUUUGCCCACAAAGUGCCCUUUCCUCCCCCAAAUCCACUCCAGCAUGGUCAUCGUCCUUGCCCCAGAGAAGUCAGACAUAGCAGAUGAGAGGGAGGAAAUAAAGCAACACGGACAGAUUGAG